GAUCCUCCCCCCUCACCGCGCCCCGCCCAGCUCUCGCGGUUGACUGACGGGAGCCGUGGAAGGGGUCGGCGGCGUUUACGGCUGUGGCGUGCCGGAAAGCUGCGGAACUGACAAGGCCGCCCCGUUCCUGGCCUCUCCUCCUCACCUUCAGGCAGACUGGGAGCAACAGAGGACAUUCACUUUUUACCCUUCUGCUUCAACCUGUCCUCAAAGUUGAUCUGGGCUUUGGUGAGAGUAAAGCAGGUAUCUUAUAAAUGGAAGUAGAUAGCUUCCAAUUUCCAAGAUAAAUGAACAUGGCCAAUUCUUUAAGAGGAGAAGUACUGAAUCUUUACAAAAAUCUGCUGUAUCUUGGACGAGACUAUCCAAAAGGAGCAGACUAUUUUAAAAGGCGUCUGAAGAAUGUUUUCCUUAAAAACAAAGAUGUGAAGGACCCAGAGAAGAUCAGAGAACUUAUUGGACGGGGCGAAUUUGUAAUGAAAGAGUUAGAAGCCUUAUACUUCCUUAGGAAAUACAGAGCUAUGAAACAACGCUAUUACUCAGAUACCAACAAAACUAACUGAUCAUUGCUACUGUAACUGGCUAAAAAUGCUGUGAAAUAGUUCUGACUUAAAAUUGUCAGAUACACAGGCUGUGUUAAAACACACACACAAAUGCUGUGCUGCCCUACUCUGGUUGAAUUUCACCUGCUAUUCAAACUGAGAGCUUCAUUAGCAACCUUUCAUGCUCAAAUUUUAUACUAAAAUAGCAAUUAACUAUACCUUCAAUUACAAAUUAACAAGCACCCCUUCUUGAAUGAACAUAUAAUAUACUUAAAUGUCUGAUUUAAUAGAUUUUAGCCAAUUACUCUGCCUGUUUCUCCAUUUUACUGACAAGAGAUUGCUAUUCAGUGUCCAAUUUCUUACACAUUUAUUCCUCUUUAAAGUAUUUUUGACCCAAUUUGGUACAUUAACAUUACAUAUUCAAGGUUCACUGCAAAACAAAUAGCAACUGCUAAUGACCUCAGUGUAGUUACAGAAAUAAUAUGAUGUAUGGAGUAAGAUUACUUCUGGCUCUGAAAUUCUCUGUUGGUGACUGGCAUUACAUACAUUAUUUCCAUUAUUACUUUGGCUGCUGACUCCCUUUGGGCCUUCAAACAAAUCACCUGUUGUGCCCCACUUACCUUCCUUGAUAAAAAGUAAUAAAUGUUGUAGACUCUUGUCCUAAGGCAGAUUUGUUUCACAUCUACUUCUCAAUAAGUUAACAUGACAGUGGAUCUAGAGCUAAUAUGGUUUUAUGUUUAAGCACUUAAACCUCUACAUGAUGUUCACAACAGCUUUUAUAAAUAAAGAAUACUUUUCCUAACUUACAA